UUUCUACCCUGAAAGGGAGCAAGAAUCCAUCGGUGACACGAGGAAUUGUGCAACGUGGAAGGUUUUUAUAGGAAACCGGACAAGAAAGUUAUUAGCAAAAGGGAAGAAAGGAUUGUUCCAGAAAAUUCACUCUGUUGUCCACCUUUUGAACCGCCCUCCUCUUCCCAGACAGGUAUCGCCGCCUGUGGAGACGCAUCAGUUAAGUGUUUGCACUCGCAGGCGUCUUUCCCAGGAGCCAAGUAGCAUCACCACGUGGAGGAAGAAAAGAAGGGGAAAUACAGCAAAGGGAUGAAAAGAGAGACCAAAGAAAAAGUAAGAAUGGAGAGGAAGAUGGGCUAUCACUGAUGACAGGAUUUUGCCAGUUGAGAGAACGUGGGCUGUAAAGAACAGAUUCUGUGUGCAGACAGGGAGAGGUUUCCCUUCUGUUUGCUGAAAACACAGCUUACAGCCUUUGUCAAGCCAUCCCUCAGACCGUGCGGAUAAGACUUUUAUGGAUGGAUUAUUUGUAAACAAUGUUAUUGCUCUAUGAUUAAAACAACGGUCAUAUAAUUCCUGAGGGAAGAAGAUAUAAGAGCUGCAGAAACUGCCUGGGGUCUCUCAGAAGGCUGAAGAAGGCGGUCCUCAGAGCCUUGCAUGCCAACCAGGUGAACCCAGGAGCUUCCAGGGAACACUGGCCGGGGCUCUGAGAUCCUUUCAGUAAACGGUUCCGAAGCUCGUCUGCCCCCGGGGAAGAGGAGGAUGGCCUCGAAGAGCGUGUGGCUGCUCCUGCUGGUGGCCGGCACCGGCGCCCUGGGCGACAUCCUCAUGAGGCCCAGCUGUGCUACCGGGUGGUUUUACCACAAGUCCCAUUGCUACGGAUACUUCCGGAAGCUGAGGAAUUGGUCCGACGCUGAGCUCGAGUGUCAGUCCUUUGGGAACGGAGCCCACCUGGCGUCUAUACAGAACCUCCAGGAAGCCAAAGCCAUCUCCGGGUACAUAAGUGGCUACCAAAGGAACCUGCCCGUGUGGAUCGGCCUGCACGACCCGCAGAAGAGGCAGCAGUGGCGGUGGAUCGACGGGACCUCGUAUUUAUUCAAAACCUGGUCCGGCAGGUCCAUGGCUGGAAACAAGCACUGUGCUGAGAUGAACGCCCACAACUUUUUAACUUGGAACAGCAAGGAAUGCGACAAGCGCCAGCACUUCCUCUGCAAGUACCGGCCGUAGAGCAGGAAUGGGGUCCCGCACCCCGGCCCAAACCCCUCCCCCCUUCUUGCCCUGCCACGGUGUCUAUGUCUGAUCAUUGCCUCAGGAAGUAAACGUGGUAACCAAG